AUGAAUAGAUUCCAAUCUAUUCACUCCGCAUCUUAUAAAAAUGGCGACCACCAUGGCAGUGAAAACACCGAGACGGUCCACAAGAAAAGAACCAACAGCCUACAGUGAGGUGUCCAUGCGUCAGAAUGCAGCUGUUUUGGAUUACUGUAGAACAUCAAUGUCGGCGCUGUCAGGGUCUACUGCAGGGAUACUGGGACUGACUGGAUUGUUUGGAUUUAUUUUUUACUUUGUUACUGCAUUCAUUUUAUCAGUGAUGCUGUUGAUGAAGGCAGGAUCCCAGUGGCAUAGAUAUUUCAGAUCCAGAAUAGGGUUCUUUACAGGUGGAUUACUAGGAGGUUUAUUUACAUAUAUUUUGUUUUGGACAUUUUUGUAUGGAAUGGUGCACGUAUAGCAGGUAUUGGUCUGUGGAGGUCCUCCAGGAAAUACUGGAGUUGGAUUAUAUAAAAUGACAACUAAAUUUUAAAAAAUUGUAUGGUUGCCAUCACCAUAGUUUUUACAAUAUGAGAGAUGGAAGUUGUUCAUGUAAAUGGUUUCAAAAAUUCCCAGAGGUAUAUGGGAAUUGGGAGCAGUCUUGGCCAAGAACUUAAAUCUCCAAAGAUCUAGGAAUCUUUUGGGCUAAAGCAGAAACUGUGACCAGUAACCAGAACAAAUGCACAAAAUAUUAUGACCUCUAUUUUACUGGCAUUUGGCAUGGGAGCUGUGCUUUCAUCAUGGGUCUAAGAUGUGUUAGAGGUUGACUAGAUGUAAUUCAUCUCAGCAGAUGGUAUGCUUAUCACUAAGUGUACAUGUAUACAUGCACUUGGAGACUUUAAUGCGGAUUUUACAGGUGCUUGUUUGAUAAAGCGAAGAAUCUAAAGGGAAUUUUGAAGAAUCGUUGAGACAGGGAGGCAGCAUUUGCUUUCAGUAGGUAAACAAUGACAAAUAGACAGCAUUUAUAAAGGUAAAUGGAAACUUUGUUGCUGCAUAUUUUCAGUGUUAUCAAUUGUGUCAUUUUUAUGAAUAAGUAUAACAACAUUGUGAAUUAUAAAUGAACCAUCACAAGUUUUGAAUUAGCACAGGAAGUGCUGUUGAAUGCAUCAUAUUUAUUGUACAUGAUCUAUGGAGGAAUUAUUAUACAUAUUUAUUACAGUACAGUGAAGAGAAAUCUUUUGAAUCUUAAAGAA